CCUGGCAGGCCUCCACUUGCAAUCACGUGGCUUAUCCACCCCACUUGUCAUGGCAGGGAUGGUGGGGAAAUCACGAGGAACGGGAAACACGCGAGAACACGGUGCGCUCAAUGGCGGGGAUCUUGAAGGAUACGAUUUUCCAUGUCUGCCAGGCAUCCAUUCGAAGCCCCUCCAACCAUGGACGCGUCAAGCACCCGAUCCACGCCGUCGGCGCCAAGAUCGCGGGCGGACCGGGGACGCCCUCACCGAGGACUCACCUGCGCGAACUGCCGGGCGAGAAAAACCCGAUGCGAUGGAACUCAGCCGACCUGUAAGACGUGCGAGGUCUACCAGGAUGAGUGCCGCUACGAGAAGCCGCCUCCAAUGUCGCAGAUCAUCGCCAUGGCGAGGAGACUCCAGGAGGCCGAGCAGACUGUCGCCGAGCUCAGGAGGGCAUUGGAAGCCCGGCCAGCGAACCCGCAGGCUAUUCAGUCUCCAAUUGACCUGACAGCAUUGCCGGCCGCGGGAGGGCCGCCUGGACAUGUUGCCGCCUCCGGGAUGGCGUCGGAACGGAGGGACGAGUUCGUUCGGCCGCAGGGGCGGAGCUCGUCAAAGGAGCCCUCGUCAGAGGAACUACUCUCCGACCUGAGCCUGGAUGAACACGGAAAGAUCUCGUAUCACGGCCCGACGUCGGCCAUCCACGACCCGCCGGCGCUAGAGGCAUCGUCCCCACACUCACAGCAGUACGACGAGCAGUCGGUCAAGUCCAACAUCCGCUCCAUGCUCACCUCCAACGCGGAAGAGAGCCGGACAUGGGAGGCGUUCGCGGUCGGCAAUGCGUCGCUCCAGAACGACAUCCCCAGAGCCAUCAUGUCGAAGCUGUUGCAGCUCCACUGGGUCUGGAUUGCACCCAUGUUCAUGUGGGUCUAUCGGCCGGCCUUUAUGCGGGACAUGACCACCGGCGGACCGUACUACUCGCAAUUCCUCCUCACCGUGCUGUGCGGGCACGCAGCGCGCUUCCACGACGCCAAGAUCGGCGAGAUGCUGAUCUCGCGGGCGCGCCAACUCCUCGGCGCCGAGAUCCAGAAGCCCAGCGCCAUCCCCACGGUGCAGGGCCUGCUCCAGCUGAGCGCUCGCGAGCUGGCGUUUGGGUCGACGUCGCAGGCCUGGCUGUACAGCGGCAUGGCCUUCCGGAUGGUCAGCGACCUCGGCCUUCACCACAACAGCGGCCGGAUAUUGAGCCUCGGUUACCUCAGCCCCGAGGAUCUCGAGAUUCGCAGGCGGUUGUUCUGGAGCUGCUAUUUUUGGGACAAGGCGAUAAGUCUCUACCUCGGACGGGCUCCGGCUCUGACAGAGCUCCCCUUCGAUCAUUCGCCCGAGUUCCUCGACAACUAUUCGGAAAACGAGUACUGGUCUCCUCACCACGGGGAGUCCCUGAAUCUCAGCUGCAUCUCCGGUGGGGAGUACCCCCCGAUGAAGGCCCAUUCGGUCUCUUGCUUCGAGGCGUCGUCCAGGCUCGCGGUGAUCCUGAACGACAUCAUCUGCCAGCUGUAUUCGCGGCGCGGGGUCACGGACAACGAGGAUGUGCUGCGGGGCAUUCGCGAGAGGCUCGACGAGUGGAGGGAAAACUCCCCGGCCCACCUCAAGUACGACCCUGACAACUUGCCCGAGGUCUGCCCCCCGCCGCACAUCCUCACCCAGAAUCUCCUCUACUACACAAUUAUCAUUCUCCUCCACCGGCCCUUCUACUCCUCCCCGGCGCAUCACAUGGCCUGCCGCCGGGCCGCGGACAACCUCGAGAAGCUGCUCCUCCUCCUCGAGAAGACGUUUGGCUUCAGCAGGAUCACCUAUCUCAUGGCCUACUGCAUCUACACAGGCGCGUCGGUGAUGACGCACGACGUCAAGACGGGCGACGUUGAGGCGGGCAGGAAGAUGCAGACCUUCCUCCGCGCGCUGCGGCAGGGCAUGGUGGCCUGCCCGCUCCUGCAGAGAAGCCUCGACAUCAUCACCAACAGCCUCCGCUCCGACAACCAGAGAUCUUCCCCGGCCGCUGCCCCCGCUGCCACAGUCGUCGUCGCCACUCCCAACAACACGCGUAACGGCAAUAACCCUGUCGCGGACACCCUCGCGGCGGCGAACUACCUGCCCGCUUUCCCGUAUCUGGACCUGCCGGUCGGCAGUGGCUUUGGCAUCGACAAUGCCAUCAAUCUCCCCGGCAUGGACCUCGACGCCUUCUCUAUCCUAGACAGCUUCCCCGAGAACCAUAUCGACACUACCUCUGCGGAGUGGUACAUGCCGCCGUAGCAGCCUGGGAGGCAUUGCGCGGAUUGAAUCGACCACGCAUUCUAUGGGGGCUGGUCCCCUGGGUGCUUGUCCGGUUAUCCCGCAUCCUGUCAGCCGUGAUCAGGAUAAGGCUCGUUGGGCGAUCCAGAAACAAGCGAAUGUCAGUUACUCCCUGACCCGAUCCGUU